CGAAGCAAAACUUGCCUACGUGAGGAAUCCGCCUCGCAAACACACACACACGCACAGGCACUCGCGAGUUCUGGGCGAGCAGAGAGAGAGCGAGAGUAAUUAUCUUCUUUUCCCACAUCUCCUUUUCUUCUUGUGCCUCUCGUUCUCUGGCGGCGCGAAGAUGCUGGGCAACGUCUCUCGCCUCGGCCUGCGCCUGUCGCAAAUUGGGAAGGUGACCCCGGCAUCCCGCAGGGUCGCGACCUCCGCCGCCGCCCUCAAGAACUACGCCCAGGUGCCCAGGGAACUGCAGAAGAAGAUGGUGACCUUCCAGGUUGACAACGGCCUGCCUGUGCACGUCCGCGGCGGCGUCAUAGACAAGGUGCUCAUGGCCUUCACCUACGUGGUCUGUGGUCUCGGUCUCUUCGACUGCGCCAGGGUGUACUAUGUGCUCUCGUACCCGGCGAAGGAGGAGAAGUAAGGAGGAGGAGGAGGAGGAAGGAAGGAGAAAGAAUGGAGUGAUAGGGAGGAGGAGGAGGAAGGAGAAAGGGGAAGGAGGAGGAGAAGGAAGGAGGAGGAGGGGAAAGGAGAAGGAGGAAGGAGAGAUAAGGAGGAUAAGGAGGAAGGAAGAUUAGCAGAGAAUAGUAGAAGGGAAAGGAUAAAUGAGGUAGGAAGGAGGAAGUAGAGAGGAUUAUAAAGAAGAGGAAGAGAAGACCUAAGGAUGAGAGAUGAUAACGAAGAAGAAUGGGAAAGAUAAAUAAGAAAUACGAUGGAAGGAAAGAAAGAAGAGGAAGAGGAAGAGGAAGAUAAUCCACCGCCUUCAUUCCCUCUUUAUUCUCCUUCUUCUUCUUCCAAAAGGAUUAAUUAAACAGCAUCUAAUCCCAUCAGCAUAUCCGUUUCUUCUUUAUCUAAUUCAACCUGAGACGUAAUCGAAACAAACAAACAAACGAACGAGAACAUAGAAAUUGAGACAGAAAUGACAUAAAAAAUGCAUUUCAUUUUCCCAACUUCUCGACGUAUGAGACCGUUGUGAUGUAAAUAUUUAUUGAAAGUUCAGUCCAGUAAAGCUGUAGAGAAUA